AUGGAUUCGAGGUUUAUUUCUUUAGUAAGUUGCUUGUAUAAAUUUGUAAACAAAGUUGUAGUUUCAGCCUUUGUGGAAAGAUGGCAGUCAGAGACAAACAAGCUUCAUCUACCAUUUGGUGAGAUGUCACCAACCUUAGAUGAUGUUAGUGUAAUUCUAGGGAUUCCAGUGAUUGGUAAAUCUGUCUCUUGCAAGAAGUUAUCAAAUGUUGAGGUUGCAAAUCUGCUAGUUGAGGCUUUGGGACUAAUAGUAGAUGAGACAAAUGUAACGUUGAAAGUAGCAUGGAGCCAGUCUAUCAAGGCAGAAUGGUUGAGACAACGGUUUAGGUCAACAAAGAUUAGGACACGUGUUCCAAUAGCGUAUUUGUCUUUUCUUAUGGAUUUGCGAUCGGUUGCUUCUUAUGCUUGGGGUGCAGCCGUAUUGGCUUUUUUAUACCAACAAUUGGGUACUGCCACAAGUGCCUUGAGCAUUUCACGUUCAAUGAUCAUAUUGGGAUACAAUGAAGCAACUCCUACCCAAGAUAUGUUACGCUAUGCCAUGAAGAAGAUAACACAAGUAUUGGAGGGCCAACAGUCCAGUGAAGAACAUACACCAUCAGAGAACUUGGUGUACACUCAUCGCACGAAACGUGGAGUAACAUCUUAG